CAAAUUUUAUUGCAUUUGCACCGCGGACGCCUAACUGCAGGGACCGGUGACUGUCAGCUGAAAGCGACCCCAAAAGCGGAGAAAUGUAGCCACGUAUCAAAGAGAGGUUGGUCACCUGCUCAGUAUCAAUCCACUCCGGCACAUCAUACAGUGGAAAAUGGCAUCCAGAGCCCACCCCCCUAACGGUCGAAUCGUUGUGGUCUUUGGCGCAUCGAGAGGACUAGGAAAGGCUGUUGCACUCCGUUUGGCUCAGGAGGGGUAUGCUGUUGGCGUUGCCGCAAAGACGACGGAGAACCCUCAGGCAGGAAUCAAAGCCAAGUAUCACUUAGAAGGCAGUAUUGAAGGAGUCGUGCGCGAGAUCGAGGCUUUUGGGGGACUCGCUCUACCACUGCCAUGGGAUGCUGUAACAUCUACUACGGAAUUCGUGGCUGCCCUCCUGAACACAAUUGCGCAACACUUUCCUGCACCUAAAUUUUACCCUCACAGUGUCAUAUACAACGCAGGGGCCUUGUCGUGGCUCUCGGUCCCUGAAACAACGCUCAAGAAAUUUGAUCUACUUAUGGGUGUGAAUGGUCGCGGCUCUUUCAUCGUUGUCAAAGAGGCGCUGCAAUGGCUCCGGAAGGCCGAGGAGUUUAGGGGUGAAUCCGCAGACUGGACCCCCAAAAUCGUUGUUGUUAGUCCCCCAAUUUACAAACGCUUUUUGCGCGGCAAGAUUGCAUACGCAAUGUCCAAGAUUCCAAUGACAGCAAUGAUCAUGUCUUUACCUAUCGACAUCAAGCGUAACUACCCAACUUCUCGCAUUACCCCUUGCUCUUUAUGGCCAGGAACUUCAGUCGAAAGCGCGGCAACGACCGUUCUCUCUUCCCUCAGUUCGUCCGAAAGUGGUAAUUCUCCGGCAACAUACCUUCGCAAACCUGAAAUUUGGUCCGACACGAUUCUGGCUAUUCUUUCUGAUGACGAUAAAGAAAGUCUCGAGGGGCGCCCCUUGAUCGAUGACGAUUACCUGAGGGAACGAUGGGGGUUCAAGGAUGGGGACUUCGUCAAGUAUAGGCUGGACCCUAACAUUGAGCCACGCAGGGCAGUUCCAAAGAAAUUCCCCAAUCUCACCGUUGCCGAGGAGGAAGAGGAAUUGAUUGACACUCGGGAUCUUGCCAAGUUGAGCAAGGUGUUCGGGAAGGGUUCCAUCAAGAAACCUGCCAAUGGCACUGCGAGAUUAUAAUUGCGUUACUAUUUUGCUGUAUAUGCUGACUUGAAACCUAAACCCAACUACGAAAGCGCUACUGCCUAAAUCCCAGACUCCUCCCCAGUCGUGUUGGUCCUGACCAUUUGUGUGCUUUCGACUGGGUCAAAAGUCCGAAAUACGGUCCGAUC